CUAUGUUCCUACCCAAUUGAUUACAUGAGAAUGCCAGAGAAGACAAUCUUACAGGAGAUGUUCUCUCAGACUCCAUUGAAUGAGCAAGAUAGGAGUCAUUGGGAUAGGCCAUCAAUCUUGAUAAAUCUAGCUUGUUUCUUUUUCCUGAAAUUCAUUUUAAUAAUCCUUGCAGUAAGUCUUCCGAUCCCAUCUGGAGUUUUCACCCCAAGCUUGCUGCUUGGGGCAGUUUUUGGACGAUUCUUUGGGUAUAUUCUGAGAUUAAUUUUUGGAGAGAUUAUUCAUGAAACAACCUAUGCUCUGGUAGGUGCUACAGCAAUGACAGCUAGUGUAACCCGAACUUUGUCUGUUGCAAUAAUUGUAUUUGAGAUCAACGGAGAGCUAAGCUACAUGAUCCCAGUAUUGAUUGGAGUAAUUAUUAGCUAUGCUAUUAGUAAUGCUCUUGGAAAUAGCAUUUUUGAUACUCUUCUAGAUCUAAAGGAUCUUCCAUACCUUCCAACCAUAAGAACAGAGUGUUUUAAAUUAAAGGCAGAAGACAUAAUGAAAGUUAAUUUCGACUAUCUACGCAUAGAUUCAAAGAUUUCUGAUUUAAAUGGACUCAUAAGCGCUCAGCAGAGAAUGAUACCAGUGAUUAACAAAGAAGGCUGUUUGGCCUUUAGUAUUGAUAUUCAAUAUUUGAGAAAAUAUUUGAUCAACUACUACCAAAUGAAUCAGCAUUGCUUUUCAUACUCUGUCAGGGAUACCUUGAAUAUCUAUUUCAACUACAUCAGGUCUAUCAAUAGAGACAAAAACGAUGACUUUGAGUUUAUUCAGAACUCUACUGAAGAGAGCAAUGUCAUCAAAAAGAAUAUUUUUGGCACCAAGACGAAUGACUAUAUUCCUGUACAGAUAAAGAGAAAGAAUACUCAUUUACAUAUUCGAGAAUAUGCGGAGGGUGAAGAACAAGAAUCCGAGGAAUAUGACCCAGAAGCAUCUGACCCUGAUGAAUCCAUCUUGCAAUCUUUUUGGAACGCACCUAUUGACUGGGAAGAUCAAAUUAUCAAGGUUGACUCUGCCCCUUUCAUUGUCCUUCCUGACACAAAAAUUGAGAAAAUAGUGUUUUUGUACUCAAUUCUUAAUGUAAUUAAGAUAUUUGUAGUAAAAGAUGGCCAUCUUAUUGGCACUAUCACUAAGAAAGAAUUGCUAAAAGAGCAUUAUGAUAGGCACAACAUGAAUGACCUCCAGAAUAAUUUAUUAGAGCCUGGACAUCAGUACCCUACUGCUGUCGGUAAAAAAGAGGAUUAA